AUGGUUCAGCAUACAAUUCAGAACACGGACAACCGCACACAAGGUCGCCUGGCCUUGGUGACGGGAGCAAGUGGUGGUAUCGGGUCAUCAGUUGCACACGCCCUCGCGGCAGAAGGGUGCGAUGUUGCGCUGCACUACUCCUCAAGUCAAGGUAAAGCCGAGGCACUCGCCCAGGAACUGCGCGCAAAGUACCCUUCACAACUCUUCGUGCCCUUCCAGGCGGACCUCUCAUCGCGGGAGUCGACGCGCAACCUGGUGCCCAGCAUCUUCGCCAGCAGCGAGGUCACGCAGAAGCACAAGGCCAUUUCGAUCCUCGUCGCCAACGCCGGGCUCGGGCGCCGGAUCCGUGAUCCCGCCGACAUUGGCGAGGAUGACUGGGAUGAGAUGAUGGAGGUCAACGCGCGCAGCCAGUUUGUCGUGACGAAGGCGUGUCUACCGGGGAUGAGGGCGCAGGGCUGGGGGCGAGUUGUGCUGGUGGGAAGCAUUGCGAGCCGCGGAGGCGGUAUCAACGGGUGCCAUUAUGCUGCGACCAAGGGUGCGCUCUGCUCCAUGGGGCUCAACUUGGCAACGCUCUUGGCGCCAGAGGGAGUCACAGUCAACAUUCUUUCGUCAGAGGGAACAACUCAACUCAUCCUGCAACAGGUUCUGCCCGCGAUGAUCGGCGCAACAGGCAUGAUCGCAACCCCCAAAUCAACGCAAGUCCUCCUCAUUGUUCCUUUCCUCAGCCCUAAUCUCGGCAACUGA